CUAAAGCCGUUGGUCCUGAUGCACCAGUUGUACCUCCUGAUCAUGGGGACCACGACACCGCUAGUGCCGCUCCUUCUUCUGCUGCGCCUGAAGAUGGAGAUGCUGACUCGGCUGAGAAUGAAGAUCGUUCACCAUCUGAUGGAGUGCCUCCUGAAGAAGGUGAAACACCUGAAGAAGGUGAAGGAGAUGAUGACUGGACGUCUACUGUUCCUGAAUACCCUGGUACUACUUCUACGCAAGAUGAGAUGGAGCACCGCCUUCGCGACACUUAAGGCUUGCAUCUAUGUGAAGAUCAAGACUAUCUGCAUCUUCUGGUGUGGGGUUAUUUCUAAUCACUUUAGGUGUGAGUUCCCACCUGCAGGAAUCCUCCCGGUAGGUAGGCUCUCCAUCGGAGGUACUUUCCAACUGGUUGGCCUCACAAGUAGACACUAAUAGCUACAUAGAAGGCACCUCCAUGACAUGACAUGGCCUCGCCAUGAUUUGGCGGUGACCUCCGGCUAAUUUUCCUUCCUGGUCUUAGUCCCUUGCUCUGCUCUAGUACAAACACCAAUAUUAUAAUAGUAUUAUAAGGAUAGAUACCUCUAGAGAUCUAGCUCUUUCAACAAAGUAUUAUAAGGAUAGAUACUGUAAAUAACUAUUUGUAGUACCAUCCAUUUUCUUAUUUUCCUAGUUGGGGCUGCUGAGUGCAAUCAAUUGGAUCCUUGACCUCUAAGACACCCACGCGCUGGAUUGCCUCGAAAAGUUAUGGCCAACAUCUUUUAUCCAGCUUAAUCUUUCUUGUUCCCAAGAGCUCACUCUGUCAUAAGUGAGCAUACUCCUAUCCUAUCCUUGUUCCCAAGAAGACGAAGGAGUUCUUGUAUCUUGGUAUGGUUGUUGUACCUCCAUGAUAAAAAGCAUUUCCAUCUCGUAGUUGUAAGUAGUGAAAAUAAACGAACUACUCAUAUUAGUCCCUGCUGUAAUCCUCGUUAUGAAAUAUAGCAAUUGUCCUACAAAAACGCACCACCUCAAGUCUUGUUUCGCAUCAUUAUACAUUUAAAGAUUAUUAUUUUCAUCCUACAGAAGAAAUAAAAACUACACAAAUAAAACUGUUCGGAAAGCAGGUGCACAGAGAGAUGAGCUAGGGAUCGAUGAAAUGGAUCCUAACGCGCUCUAAUCAAGAAAAAGAACAGGAAACUCGAGCACCUCAAUGUCAUCUACAAAGGGUCAAACAUUGUUAAGGCUCAUUACCAGCAGAGCAGUAGUUACUUCAUUUAAUUACUUACCACCUAGAAGUAUCCUUCUAAACCUACCCGAACCCCGAGCAUUGUUAGGUCCAGUGACGCUCAUAGCACAUAGAGAAAAGUAGCCGGUUAAUUUUCACUCUAUUCCUAGAUUAUUCCACAAGAAGCGAGUAGUGAGCUUCACUAGGACCACGGCUAGUACUUCGUUGUACUUGACUAAAGACUAAACAUCUCUGCAGCGCAUAAAUCGGUCACGCGGUCAAGUAGAUGGGGUGGCGAGUGGGUGAUGUUAUACAUUCAGAAGAUUGUAGUUGACGAUAGUUACUGUUUGGCUUUGGUAGCGUAGUCCCUCUGAGGCUACGGACGUUCGCCUGAGAUUGCAAGGCAAACUGCGGGCGGCGGAUUAACUCCUAUCCUAAGUAUUGAGUACUAUCUAUUAGGUCAUAUCGUCCUAAAAACGCAACGGUGUUUGCAUCGUGUUCUAUUUGCGUCGAAUUACAAGCUUCUAACAGAAGUCUACUUCUGAUGAUUAAUAUUAUAUAUCCUGUCUUGUACAGGUAUUACUACAACGAACAUGAACAUCUAGAAACUAAUACUAUUAGUCGCGUACUACCAUCAUCUUCCUACCCCUACCCGACCCCGAACCCGAGGACAAGUAUUGGACAUCUCACAUCUCGGAGAUCCAUGAUUCAGCCGCCUUAACAAUAACAGCCUCGUCUAAUAGAUCAUUAGUUUAGCACUUGUUAUUAUACCUCACGAUCGGGCACUUCACUAGAAAAACUACUGUACCUGUAGUUAGUACUUCUUUCUUUAAAUAAUCUAUCUUCUUCUUUCUUUCUUCUGUAGUACUUCUUUCUUCUUUCUUUACUCCGACCUGAGUCUUAGAGGACGAAAAGGAUAUGAAGAUGGAUACACUUACACAGAUAUAGUAUAAAGAACGACGUGAGUACGUGAGUGAGUGAAUACACCGAAACCAGGAAUCUAGUCAAAAGAAGAUGUGCGCGGUCCUUCAGAGGCGGUGGAGAUCGGUCUACUGUAGCGCGUUAGAGACUAGGACUUAGCGCCACCAGCUCUAGGACGUAAUUUUGUUUUUGGCUCUUCAGCAGCCACUCAUGUCUGCCAGUUUUCCUGGUAGGCCCACGCCUAACCUAACCUAAUCUAUCUUAUCCUUUUCGUCCUGUAAGAAAAAAAUGUUAUGUCGACAGUUUUCUAGAAGAGUCGUUUCUUGAAUUCUAAGGUAGCUUCUGAAAAUCUGAUGUCGACACUUACGGACAAGGAGACCACGCAGCUCCUCAAGAACUAUGUUCAAGCGAAAUCCGAACUCGAUUUAAGGCGAUAAAAUAAGUACUGUCCACGUAAACGUGAUUUUCUUGUUGUUCACAUCAUAGUUCUACCUAACUCCUACAAACGAGAAGUGCUACUUCCAUUCUAUCUAAGAAAGGGAAUGCCUCAACUCCCCCAAGAGAAUACCUCAAGCUCAAGUCCUCUGAGAGAAUACCUCAAGCUCAAGUCCCCUAAGAGAAUACCUCAACUCCCCUAAGAGAAUACCUCAACGAUGUAGAACAGCUCAGCCCUAAAAGUAAUCUACUAGAACCCUAGAGGAGAUCUAAAAGAGAAUACCUCAGCGAGCCCUAGGAGAUCUAGAACCCUGAUUGUGGCGAUAGAGUGAACCUUAUUGAGUACCCAAUAUAGCUUAUAGCCUUACUAUUACUUUUAACUUAGUGUAGAGUACUAACUCUAAGAGGAAACCUCAACGCCUCAAUACUAGAUGAAUCAGGGAAAGAAGCGAAACAAAUAAAGGCUAAGGAGGCCGAGGAAGCCUGGGAAGCCAAUCUGGGAGUGCUCAACGAAUGCGAGUACUCCUAUAAAAACGAGUUGUUCUACGUCCUGCAGUUAAGGCGCGACGUGUGGCCAAAUUUUCAAUAUGAUUAUAUAUAAAUAAAUAUAUUAAUAUAAGCUAUUUCUAAUUUCUAUUUCUAUUAUUAGUAAUUAAUAGGCGCUCGGCCACGAGUAUUUCUGCUAUUAGCUUCAGUUAGGGAUAGUGUUGGACACACCCGACGAACACGUCACGCCAACAAGAGACGCCCGAGAGCACAAGAAGGCGACACGCCUAAGCCACGCGGGAGAAACGGCAACGCGUCGCAACAUGAGCGUGAGGCGCGCCAUGGGGCUCGCUGACUUUUGACGACGGGGCUUCCAGUGCUGUGCCCUAUCGGCCGACCGUUGCUUGCUUGCGUGGUUUCUCGUCCUUACUGAAGGGGCCCCACCCCUUGCCAGCCGGAGGCUGAACUCUUUCCCUUUCCGGGAUUCGAACUUCAUGUAGUUCGAAAGAUUCAGAGGGACUAUGAAUGAUUUUGGGAAUCGUCUAGAAAAAGCAGCUUGACGAAUGAGCGCAAGAUCUACACUCCAGGGAUGGGGAUGCCUGGACUAGCGUAAUCCCUUAGCUUGCUAGAUCUAGAACGGGGGAGGAGUGAUCUCCACUGGCGUGGGCCUUGAGCUUGAGGCGUGAAAAGAUCAGACACCUCCAGGAGAGGGCCAGGGUGCUGAACAGAACAAAAGGCCAUGGAUUAGCCACGCGCCUCGCAGUCGGAUAGUUCGGGAUAGCGACCAUCGGUCAGCAGAUAGAUAUAGAGGCACGACCUGAUUGAUUUCGUUUUAUUUUGUUUGCCUAGUUAGGGCUCCACUACUAAUAUCGGUAGAAUUAGAAAAAGAAAUCCAGCAUCUUGUUACCCAAGUGUAGUACAACAUCGAUAGUGGAGUCAGUGGAAGCUCUUGAAAAAGUUUUUCUUUUUGUAGAAAUUGAUUCAUUAGAUUAACAACAAAGAAGUCAACUACAACCAUAACCAAGAAAAGCCCAACCACAACCUCCGCCAGACAACCCGUUAGUGUGUGCGUUUGAGAUCGAGUGACUUGGUGCAGGGGUUAAUACACUCGUCGUCGUCCAGUACGAUCUAGAUUCUAGUCCUCUCAUCAUCAUCAUCAUCAUCAUCAUCAUCAUCAUCAUCAUCGUCAUCAGAUGGAACAGUAGAACAUAGGGGGCAGCAAGAAGAGAGCCCUUGCUGAGUAGAGUGAAAGGAGGCUACCAAUCAAGACCAGGCUAGAGAAAUAGUGCAUGAAGGGAAAGAGGAUGAUGCACAUGCAUAAAGAUAAUAAAAAGUAGAUUAUUUAUUAGAUUGUCUUACUCUAUAUUAGAGCAGUAUAGACUUGUUUGAAGCGUACACCUCAUGAUAAGUUAGAUGGUUCUUUUCUCUAGAAGUUGUAAUGUUGAAGCAUACAAGAAUUAGAAACAAAUCAGAUGGUCAGUCUUCUCUAUUAUCUCUAUCUAAUCGAGGAACAGAUUGCGCACGAGGAUAGCGUGAUUCAGGAAGAUGCAUCAUUAAGGCCAUAGAUAAUUCAUCUUGUUGCGCAUCGUUAACAAGUACUAUGCGCGAAGAAUAUUCUGGUGCUAUAGUACUCUUCAAGGAUGCAGUGGCAAGAUGAAUUGCCGAGAGCUCUAAACUUGCUUAACGUCAAUCUGGAAGGUCGCAAAUAUGGCACGCUUUUCCGUCUUCUGGUAUUCGACCGACACCACGUCCACGAGGAAUUCUCUGAGGGAUUUGUUAUGGCUUGCGCCAACUCGUCGUCGAGAUUGAUAUCGUUCGAACAAUACUCACUCAAGUGGUAGCCUCAGUCUUUUUUGUUUGUUCGUCUGCUUGUUAUUUUUUGGCUCCUCAGUAGCCACUGAAGUCUGCUGGUUUAUCUAGUGGACCAACACCUAACCUAACCAAAAUCAAGGAGCACAAGGAACAUCAAGUAGCACAAAGACAAUCUUCUUAGAUUCUAGAAGCCGAGCUGUUGUAUCUUAACUCGUUGUCCUCGUUGUACCUCUCGUUCAUUGUUGUAGGUACUACUUCACUGAUUGGCCUCAAAUAAGAUAGGCACCAAAAGAAAUAUAUAAGCUAAAUAUUGAGAGAGGUGCCACGAGCACGACAUGACAUGUCCAUGUGUAUAAUCUGAGACUAGUCUCUUCUAUGCUAUUUCAGUUUAUCGAGUACGCUUUAGUUACUAUUCUCUCUUAACCUUGAUGAUGCUCGUACCUCUAAAGAAAAGAAAAAGACAUUGAAAGGCGACGUCACUCUGACAAGCUUUCUGAUGAUGAUACUGAAGAUGCUCAGAAAACAUGCUUACGGGUGGAUGAGUUUUUUAGUCCCUUUUUCUUUUUGUAGUCGACCUAGAACAAGUACUCUAUCUUCAGGAGGUCCUACGAAAAUUAGAAGGGAGUCUGAAGAUAAUAUUGCUGCAUUGAUGAGUCAAUGCCUCCACCUCUCCGGAUCCUACUUUCAUCAGUACUUCUUUUACUCCCACUACCGAAGUAAGUUAUUUAAAGUAAGUAAUACUAAUGAAAGAGUAGAGCGUUGGUCAGUUUUUAACUCAGCUCACUUCAUCUAGAACUAGAUCUGAACGCUUUAGAUUUUUUCUGCUCUUGCUACUCAAGUUGUUAAAAAUGGUAGGUGAUGAAUCAAAAUAGGCAUAGGCACCAAGCCUCUACUCAAACCAACUAUGUUGUAUACGAAGUACAUCGGCGGUUCUAAAAAAGGGCCGUCAAAAGACCUGAAUCCGAUAGCACAUAUGCUGAUUUGAAAUCUAUUUGGGAAACAAUGCUGAAGAGCUAUCUGAGUUAUGGACAUUUUUUGGAUUGGUUUACUUUGCCCUUUUUAGAGGGUUUCAUUUGCUUUAGGUCAAAGAAAGGCAGCUCGAAGCACCAAGAUCAUGAUUUAUGUAAAUAACUCGCAUCAUCCUCGGGGUUGAGCCAUGUGCCCGGGGGGCUCGAUGUGAAGGAUCCCAAGCCUAACCUAAACUUACUCCCUGCGUUCCUGGAUUAUUAUGUUCUGUCUGAUGUAAAAACUUAAUUUGAAUGGUUCUGGUAUUUGGUAACCUGCUGAAUUUGGUCCUAAGGGAAAACAAGAAGAGAACCCUUAGGAUCGAACUCAGGUUACCAAAUACCAGAACCAUACAUAGAUAAUUUUUUCAAGGAGAUGAAGUUGAAGAUGAGGACACCCCGAGGACAGAUCAAGAUCUCCUGGAUCCUCUAUUUCUAGGAGGAACUACUUCUUUUAAGGUGGAGCCGGUUCGUUUAUUAACUUUAUUGAGGAACCUGAACAGGACCACGACAGCGCCGGCGCUUAAUAGUUAGUAGUAGAAGUAAGUUCUUGCCUGACUUUUCUUUUUUCGGUUUUUGCUUUUCUAGUUAGAUAUGCUCCACCAACUUUAUUGAGGAACCUGAAAAUAACCUUACGUCGGUUCCAUUCUGGAAGGAGCCGGCUCGUUUUUCCCUCGUCUUAGGCUAUUCCUUUCAACGACUUUGUGGAGCCAUUCGCUUCUUUGGGGAACCUCAUAAGGAUAAUCUGCUACAUUCCUAGAUAGAACCAUUCAUUCACUGGAGGUGAUAGAGGAGCUGCAAGCGAAGGCCCUUUCCGAGGAUGGUGAGGAUGAAGACAAAAAAACUGCAAACGCCGAGAAUAAGAAAAGGCUGAAACACGUCAAGUCUGCUCUUAUUCAUCUGAUCGAGGAGUGGAGCGGUGCUGGUGCUUUUAAGGACGAUCAUUAUAUUGACAUCUUGAGUAUGAAUCCACCUUGCAAUAUACUAUUAAGUUGUACUUAAUAUUUAGUGAAUAGCGUCUAAAAACUGUAAUUGUAGAAACGAGCUGGCUAUUGGUAGCCAGAAGAACUUCUAUGUCAUGGCGCUUCUCUUUCGUAGGUGACUCCCAGGUCGAUUUUUUAAAGCAGGACUACUGGCAUGACUCAUUACUUGUCGUUCAUUGUUGUUCUUAGCGCCCGUGAAUCAUAGUCGACGCUGGUACCCUGUUGUAGCAUACCCAACUUGCAACUUUUUAAGUGUUAAAAUAUUUAUCAUUAUAAUAUAUUAACUAGAUCCUAAAUCACAUGGGCACUUUUAGCAUGAAAUACCUAUAAAUAUAUGUUCCAGGGGCCAACAAGCCCCCCCAUCUAACUUUUUGAGGAGGGGGGCCUCCCGCCCCUGGCCCUUUUACCUGAAGGACGGCCGGGCGGGAAGCCCUCCAAAAACCCACCUCCGACCCCUUCCCGCUUCUGGCCUGGACCCUACAGGGCCCCCAUCUUUGUGGCUGUUGAAGCACCGAGGGGCGGGAGUGCAAGGCCUCCGGAGGUGGACAAAGGUGGCAAGGCUGGGCCCCCUUUGGCUUGUAGUUGCGGUUUGUUGCGUGUACCCUGCAGGCCUCCAGGGUGCGGGCUCCUCUGUGGAGAAGCCUCGUGGGAGGUGGGGGGGCCUCUGGGGGAAGCAGGUGGCAAGACUUGGCCCCAUUCGCCGUGCUGCAUGUAUCCGACAGAACCCUGGCGGGCACGCCUUGCCCCCACUCCACCCCGCCUUUGGUCUUCAACCCCCCAAUCGUUUGGUGGAUGCGGACGAGGGCCAAAGGGGCCAGGCCUCGCGACCGUGGCCGCCUCUGGCGGCCUUCUCCCGCCGAAGGCUGUCCCCCUGAUAAAGUCCAAGAGUCGGGACGCCUGUCGGGUACACGCGGAGAGCCGCCAGGAGCCUCCGGCUCCGCCUUUUGAGGCCUUGGCCCCCGGAGGUCCUUACUUGUCACCACCGCGGAAAAAAGGGCGCGCGGACGCCGCCGCCGCUCCAUCCACAGGGCGGGGGGAGCCGUCACCCCUGAGACAUAUAGAUAUAUAGCCGAUUAAAAAUAAUUUUUUUAUUUAUAUCUCUCUACUUAGUUAGGUCGGCUCUACCAGUCUUAUAUUAACUAGCGCUUCCUUCAUCCAUGCAUCCAAUCAGUCCUCAAUCUGCUUCUUUAUCUUUUGCUCUUCUAAUAUUGCAGCAAAUGCUAACCCAAAGGCCCGCGAGAUGAUGAAGCAGGCGAACAACAUGUCCAAUGAGGAUCUUUUCCCUAAGGCUGAAACUUUAUUGGUCAUUGCCCAUGAUCUUUUUUUCUGAUUCCCUCCCCCCCUCUUAAUCCUCUGACAGUAGUAUGAUGGAGUGCGCAGGUGCCUCUACCUCUAGUUUGUUGAGAUUAGUUGCGCGCUCUUUUGCGCUGCGGAAAGAACAAGGGAAAACUAAAGGUGAGAGCUGUGGACGUGGAGGGUGCCUUCCCUUCGCAGAUAAAAAUCGCUUACUAGGUAUUUGUUUAAUUACCAACCGGCGGAAAAGAACUCAUUAAAGAACCUUACUAGCAGGCAAUCGCCGACUCCUCUUCAACGCAGCUAUUUUAUUCACUUAUAUCAAUCAACUUGCCCUUGCGUCAUAUUGAAUGGCUUCGGUAUUUGGUAACCUGAAUUUGAUCACAAGGAUCCUCUUCUAGUUUCCCCUUAUGAUCAAAAUCAGGCUACUGAAUGCCAGAACAGUCCACAUAUGUAUCAUCAAUAUGAUCAACGAAGAGGUCCUCCGAGCUUUAAUCUCCAUGGCCUCGCACAGCUGUCGACGCUGGAGAUUUCGCUUGUCCUCGAUGAGUUGGAACCACUGUCGCAAAACGAUGUGUCGGAGUCUCCUGAGACUUCUGGUAACUUACAACUACUAGGCCUUAGACUAAAACUACUAAAAUGUAAACUAACAUCUUACAACAACUAACUAAUUUUUAUAGAUUUUCGAAAGUCUGACUAAAAAAUUGGUUUCAUCAUAGAGCUGUUGUAGUGCGGGAGAUCAUGUAGUGAGCAGGUAUGUACUGGAUCAUUUCGAUCUACUAUGGCUAUGUAUUGGUUCAACAUUUCGAUGUCUUUAUCUUGAGCUAUUGGUCUAUUCGCAGGUCGCCUGGCGGCAUGGGAGCAACUGUUGACACUUUUGGUUGUGCGUCCGAGGACGUCGAGUGCCAAGGAACAGCCCCUAAUGAUCGAUGCCGCAAAGGAUUUUCCAACUGAAGAAAAUUAAGGCCAUAGAAGAUGGCUCAUCUUACUUUGAAACAAAGCAUCCCUGAUAUAGUAAGAAAAUAGUUCAACCAUCUUACUAAGGUUGAAAGCAUGCCUCCUGAGAAGUUGUAUGCUUCCUUGACUAUCAAUCCACUUCGUCCUGAUUAUACUCUUCAUGAUCACGCUGUACAACCUACUCGACUACCCAUUACUCAAGAUAAGCAAGCUGUAACAAACAGAAUAACUGAGUGCCUGAGAUUAUUCCCUGGCAAGCAUACUCGGUUACUGCAGUUUUUCGAUUAGGACAAAGAUAAGUUUUUAUGGGUGGUGCUAAUAACUUGCUCGCUUUUUGCUCAACAAGGAGAAGGUUACUCCUAACGCUGCCAGAGUGCUUGCUGCGCGCCGAUGGUUUCUCUCGGAGCUGCUUCGUUUUACGAUUACAGGAAAUGAAAGGUUUUUUUAUUUCUUGACAUUUCUAUCUAGUAGGGAAGGUUCAACAUUAAUCCUACUCAAGCUCAACAUUAAUCCUACGUUAGAAUUUAGCUUUUUGACUGCAUCUACAACUACAUCUCACUGAGUUAUUGUUGUACUUCUAUUCAUCACAAUCUACAUCAUGGCUGGUAUGCUAGCCAGUGAUAGACUUCAUGGAAUGGAAUGGAGUCUGUUUCUGUAUGUUUUGACACGGCCGCGUGAUUGUUUGAUUAUGUAAGAGACGCGUUUAAGUGAUUAAAAGGGCGGCAGCAUAUAGUCCGAACUCAAAAAAAAAAAACGCGAAAGCCUCGACGAGGGAAGCCGAUGUCGCCCAAUUAAUGAGUGAGUGGGUACACUCACUCACUCACUAACUCACUCACUCAGCCACUCACUUACUCACUCACUCACUCACUCGCCCUCAUGUAGUUGCUGUGUAGCUACUCCGGAGUGCGGCCCCUCCUGUACUCCUGUUCAACAUUAUAAAGAUGAUAUCGGCACUCUACUGAAGAAGUACCAGUAGAUCAGCAAACUUGGGUUUGGAACCCACAAAUCUAGGAUCAUCAUAGUAGGGAAAGGAACGUAGCAAGCUUUCUAUUCAAAUAAAAAAUUCGUCUGGUCAGCUGAGCCUGAGAGAGGGAGGUUGACUACACCAUGCACGAUUAAACUCUGACAACUAGUACGUCGAGAUGUGUUGAUCAUUCUUCUUCACGACUCGUUGUAGCAAAAAUACAACUUACCAAUGAGUUUGAAUAUAUAAGUAGUGUUUUUAGCCGUGCUGCGGCAUCUUUAUCUUGCAGGAGUAGGACGACGAGCUUCAUCUAUGAUUCUCUAAUAUUGGGCGGGAGACGCGCGGCUCGUCCUCUGACACACCGGCGGGUGUAAUAAAGACCGAAGAGAUUCGUAACUGGUUCAAGAGUCUUAAGGCGGAGGACGGGUCCGAAAUUUAUGUGAGGUUUUUCUCGUCCUCAACAACAGGAGAUCAUCUUUCUAGGCUGAUCCUACUUUUCCCCCUGUCGUUGAAAGAGUAUCUCGGUUCCGCUUGUGACCUGCCACAUCGUGAAAGAGUUGUUCAGCGGUCUGUCAGCAUGUAUCUUGUAUAUGCCACUGAAUCUUAGAGCAAGAGGUCUGUGGUCGAGAAAAUUCCGGUGAGAGAAGUUGUCUCCUAUUUGAUAUUUUGUGGGGUAGCUCACUCUACGUGGUAUUUAGUAGGCUGAUCCUACUUUUCCCCCUGUCGUUAAAGCCGCGCCUUCAACGUCUCUGUCUAGUGCAUGAAAGAGUAUCUAUAAGAAGUACUCGAAAACUGAAAAUAAGCGAGUAGCUAACUGAAAUAACCGAGUAUCUGAGAAGAUUACUCUCUUCAGUUACUCUUACUCGCUUAUUUCAGGUGCUCGAAUAGGUCAAAGGGGAGGCGACUCGAUGGUCUAACUCCUCCUGUUAGAUGGGGAGACGAGAAAAAACUACAACAUUCAUGUCGUUACGUUCAAUAACGACCCCCACCUUCGUAGUCUGUCGAACCUCGUACGCGACAGCGUUGAUGCUGAUGCUGGUCGUGGUGCAGGAGCCUCCAUAUCUUUACGGUUAAUAUAGUAGAUGAGUCUGAGUGUAGUGAUCAUUCUUUCACUUUUUUUAGAAGAGUCGUAUCAAUCUAUACUUCUUAAGAAGUUCGAAGCAAGGCUUGCAAGUAGAUUGUAAAAGUAACCUCAGGUUGCUCUUCCUCACACAUCUUCAAGUCCUCGAAGAAAUUCGUCUCCUAUCUAUAUUAAGCGGCAUGAAGAUCAUUAUACGGAGGGUUCUGUCCAACUCAAUUCGUCUCCUAUCUAUAUUAAGCGGCAUGAAGAUCAUUAUACGGAGGGUUCUGUCCAACUCCAAGGUGCCAUCUUCUAACUUGAGCUAUUGGAAGCUUUCCUGAGCUAUUGGAUACGUACGACGCACCAACGAAGAUUAUGAAGGGGCAAGGUUAUUGAAAGGCCUCAACCUUGGAGGUACUAUCACAUUGAAAUAAGGCCUCGUAGAUAGACACGAAGAGCUAUAGAAGUAGAGGCCUUAUGACAUUACAGCCAAACCAGAGGCACCAGCACGACAUGACAUUGCAGGAGCUUGAUGCUUAUUUAUUUUCAUCAUACUGUUAUCUCCUUCCUCUGGUCUGGCACUCUACGAGGAGUCGUGAGCGUGAGCGAAGCGUCGUAUGUUCAUCCCCCUCAAGUUCAAGAUGCUCCUCAAGCACAGCAUCAGCAAUCACGGACAGUUCUGAACAACUUGCAACACAUACAUCAUACUGCUAUUUUCAGAACUGGUCUGCUAGUGUAGCAUUAUCCUGCUAACCUUGUAGCUCUCUGUAAUGAUCUUAUUGAUGAAAAUAGUGUCGGUCGGUGUACCUACUUAAUGGUCGCGCCAUGCUGUGAUGUUAUCACAUGCCAGGUUUCCGACACCUAAUCUUAAAAAGUUGAGUCAGGUUGACAGGGUGGACACGCGACUAAGUGAAGAAAAGCGAAGUAAUGCAUUAAUUCCAACAUGUCGAGUCACGAUCUACAUAGAGAUCGCAUUAUUACCCAUUGAUGCACACCUCUAAUCCUAAUGAUGCCGGGGAGGUUUUACCACCUGAAGCUGAACAGUCGACGCCAGCACAGGAUCCUUUACUACAAGAUUCUGAAGUACAACCAACGGCUUCUCCCGCAGUCGAAGCUCCUGCCGCAGAUCCUAAACAACCAGCGGAGGCUCCAGCCAAACCUCCUGUUGACUUAUGAAGAAAGGAAAAAAUGUACAACGGAUCCAACCCAGGAAAUAAGAGGACACCACACAGGUGGAUCCUACCGAGAAGAACGAGCCUGGUAGCGUUUUGCGGCUAGCUUCCUUAUCCUUUUUGAGAGAAAGUAAGACAGUACUACAUUUUUUUGACUUUCAUACUAGGAAUCGGCUGCAAACUAUUUUACAGAAGAGAAGUACGCGGAAAUAUGGGCGGGAACGGAUUUCUGGAAUCACGUUCAGCAGAUGCAUCCUAAUUAAGGCGUGGCAUGGGAAGCGAAAGAGCCAUGAGUUUGUUAGUUUCACUCCUCAACUCGAAGACCUCCUACUCCAGCAGCAGCUGCUUCUCGUCUAUCGAUACACUUACACUUUCUAGCAGUAGAACAAAUUGCAUUGAUUUGCAAGUUUCAGUAAUGAAUCGUGGUCAAAAGGACGACAGAAGUACAAGAAGCAGCCCUGGAGGUCUGCGCUUGUUCAUGUUCUCGUACAAACGACAAGUUGUAGGGAGCGACGCUCGUUCUGAAUCACUCAAACUCGAAGUUCAAGGUCAGCGAUCUGUAUUCAGGAGUAGUUCUUUCCCCCUCUCCUAUAACUCCACUACUGUUGCGGAACUCGCUUCAUCUUCUAGUCCCCAGAGGUGACCACUACUGAACUGGGUUCCUCUACUGGUGAACUGGCUUCAUCUAUGUUCUCUAGUACUGAUGAACUAGACGGGUUCCUUCAUGACAGAUGUUCCAGGGCGCGGGGCGACCGCCCCCCCUAGCGGGGGGGGAGGGGGGUUCGGGCGCCCUGGACCACUUUUUGAGGCGUCUUCUGGGGGAGGAAGGCCGCAAAAGGCGGCCGGUUGGUGUUCAGGCUCCCCCCUCCGCUCCCUUCCAGCUGCCUGGCUGUUCCCUAGCGGCCUCCGAUGGUGGUCGGAGGCUUCAAAAGGGGCCCAGGGGACCGCCUGCGCCCCCGUCCAGGUGCCUGCCUGUGCCCUCAGUGUAUCCGUUAGGCUUCGCCGCCGCAGCAGUGCACCGGCAACGGAAGGCCUCCGAAGACGGCAAAAGGCGAGGGGCUGGACCCCCUGAGCCGUGCCGCCUGUACCCUCCGGGCCCUUAGUCAUCGGCUUGCUUGCUCUUGCGGCCGAAAGUCAUAUAUUGAGAAUAGGCGUUGCUUUUGGUUUUGCUUUAUAGCUAUAUAAUUGAACUAGAACUUUCAAGCUAUAAUAUUAAACUUUCAAACUCAAAGCAUGUGAUAGCUACAAACGUCCGCUUCAUCUUCUAAUUUCUGAUCGAUUGGACGCCGAAGGGAGUAACCGCGCCGCCACCUCGCGACGCGGGUUCGCUUCGCGGCUUAUGAACACAGCUCGCAAAAGAACAUAAAUCCAUGACAAUUUUGAGGAGAUGACAACAACAUUAUUCAAUGAAUUACGAAUAAAAAUUUGUUCAUUUACUACUUCACAACUUCUACUUACUUGUUUUUAAGUUGUAAUACCUCGUCGUUGUCAUUUAGGUCUUCGACGUCGAGGACGUAGGUAAGCCUAAUCAUGAAUUAGCUGUAGCACUGCUAGGUCCUCUUGUAUAAUUGAAAGUAUUAUAGUAUCUAUGAUUACAAGAACAACUUCGAACAAGGGCCGGCGCUGCGAGCAGUUCGACUCUUGUAGUAGUUUUCUCAACGUUCGUCGAUUACCUCCUUGUAGUUCCGUCGUCCUCUGUUGCUUUCCUGGGAUAGUAGACUAGUCGUAGUCAACUUUUACACAUAUCACGACUACAACCACUACACGACUCAACAGGAACUACAGCAACACAGAGAAAGUAGAGGGCUUUUUAUUAGGAUUACCACCACCAGCAUAGCGCUAAAAAGAUUUGUUGAACGCGACGGGAUCCCGCCCACCGUGCAAGAACUUAAGGCGUAAAGCAUAGUCCACCCACCGAUCCGCUCAGUCUAGUUCUAGUUAUCCGAGCCACUAUGCAUCCGGGCCAAAAGUUGAAGAACAUGAGUCAAAGUCAAGGGACGCCCUUCGCCGGAGUCUUCUGCGCAGUAGAGUGAGCGUCGGAGUGUAAAAAUCUUGAUCUGCAUGGGAAUACUAGCACCAGCUACUUACUCGACUUCUACUCGUAACGCAACUAAUAGAUGUAGAUCGAUGGUUUACUACGUGCGCGACUUCAAGUAAACGAGAAAAAGCUGACGAAGCAGGUUGAUCUAGAACAGAAACAGUUAGAGCGAACAGUUAGGAUAUUAAGGGUGAUCAUUGGGAUUCCUCUUCUAAUUUUGAGAUCAGAGAAUGGAUUCCCGAUUCGUUUCCCGGCAUUCCACACAUUAAGGCCAGUAGUGCGUCACUAUCUCUUGCGAAGAGGUAUCUGUCCUAAGUGUCGCCCCCCUUGAUUUAAAAGGAUAAGGAAAAUCAAGAGGAAGUAAGAAUAGAAAGCCGCCCACGCAGCCACAGAUAGUGAUUGACUAGCGUUAAACGCGAGGGCGAGAAGUGGGCAGAGCUUUGCAAACGAGUUCUUGAUGAAGAUCAUCCGACUUUUCUCCGGCAGCCCAGCAAUCCCGUGGAUUCUGCACACCCACACUACAGUGGGUAUUAUUAUUUUUGCAAGUUAGUUAUUUGUUCACAUGAUGAUCUCUCGACAUUUUUUUCUAGACAUGAUCCAGCCCUCAGGGCGACGGUGCCCCCACCCUGGCGUAGGGGGGGGCACCGUGCAGCCCCGGACCCCUUUUUAAGGCGUGUGCCGGGGGUGGAAUGCCUCAAAAGGGGGCCAAGGGCUUCCUUCCAGGUGCCUGGCUGUUCCCUACAGGCCUCCGAUUUAGGUGGGGCGAGGCUUCAAAAGGGGCCCAAAGGAGAAGGACCGCCUGCGCCCCCUUCCAGGUGCCUGCUUGUAUGUGCCCUAAGUGCCUCCGAUAUGCUUCGCCGCCGUAGCAGUGCGCCGGUAAUGGAAGGCCUCUGAAGGCGGCAAGAGGCGAGGGGCUGGACCCCCUGAGCCGUGCGGCUUGUACCCUCUGGGCCCUUGGUCAUCGGCUUGCUCGCUGGCUCUUGCGACCGUAGCCGCCUUCGGCGGCCUUUUACCCUGGAGGCCUCCCGCCUGCGAGGGCCAGCAGAACCCAGGAGGUCCCGGAGGAACACGCAGAGAGGCGCAAGGGACCGCCUGCGCCAAGUUUUGGCGCCUUCUACCACUAGAAUCCGCGAAAAUCAGCGCGGAAAAGCGCGCGCGCGCCACCCCAGACGAUGCCACAGGGGGGGGUGCGCCGUGCAGCCCGAAAACGUAGACAGCUAGUUGCAGCGGAAUGAAGUAAAAAGAUGCAGCAGCCCAAAAAUGAGCGUAAUUCAAAUGUUGCCGUCAACAUUUGGGCACCAUGAUGAUUUGUAGCAUUGGCACCUACCUUGUCACCUAAGAUCCUGGUAAGAUCGGGCGCUCAUGUUCUUGCUCGUGUUCUGACAUUUUAGGGAGACCCUGCCGUCAAAGCGAUGAAUAGGCCACGUUGACAGUGAUGCAGUGUGAGUGACUAUAUUUUUAAGCUGCAUCCACUUGGCGCAGCGACUGCGUUUCAUUGUAGUUGACGAGUAGAGCUGGUCUACUAGGUUGCGUAGUAUGGUUGCAGAAUUUUAGGCAUUUUCUAGACAGGUCGAUCCUUGCGUACAGCUCAACACAGCUCGGUCAACAUUUGAGCAUCACGACCAUUUGUAGCAUUGCAUAUAUCCCAGCACAGUCCACUUAACAAAAGGCUUUUCGGUGGAAAAGCAAGCGCUUCCCAAGGUCAUGAAAAUUUCUUGUCUGUCAUGAAGGAAGAGCAAGACAGAGCAGCCACUGCAGCUCGCCUUACUUAUUACAAGUCGCCAGCUAUGUCGCUACAUUUAGGCUUUAGGAACAGGAGCGCUCGGUACGUUUGUGGGCGGGCAAACCCGUACGCGGGUGGAUCUGUGUGGGGGUCGACAGACCUGUGGACGGGUGGGCCGUGUGUGGGCAUGUGUGUGGCUGGGUGUGUGUGUUUGUGGCUGGGCUUUUGUGUGUGUGGCGGGGCGUCCGUGUGGGUGGCUAGGCGUCCGCUUCUUUCGGUGGCGUGCGUGUGUGGUUGUGUGUGCUUGUGGUUGUGUGUGGCUGUGGUUGUGUGAGGCUGUGGCUGUGUGUGUGGCUGUGGUUGAGUGUGGCUGUGGUUGUGCGUGUCAGCGGUCGUGUGUGGCUGUAGUUGUUGUGUAGUUGUGGCUGUGUGUGCUUGUGGCUGUGGUUGUGUGUGUCAGUGGUUGUUCUAUGUCAGUGGUUGUUGUGUGGCUGUGGUUGUUGUGUGGCUGUGGUUGUUGUGUGGCUGUGGUUGUGUGUGGCUGUGGUUGUGUGUGGCCGCGGUUGUGUGUGGCCGCGGUUGUAUGUGGCUGUGGUUGUGUGUGCUUGUGGCUGUGUGGGCUUGUGGCUGUGUGUGUUUGUGGCUGUGUGUGGCUGUGGCUGUCGUUGUGCUUGUGGCUGUGUGUGCUUGUGGCUGUGUGUGCUUGUGGCUGUGUGUGCUUGUGGCUGUGUGUGCUCGUGGCUGUGUGCGCUUGUGGCUGUGUGUGCUUGUGGCUGUGCGUGCUUGUGGCUGUGUGUGCUUGUGGUUGUGUGUGCUUGUGGCUGUGUGUGUUUGUGGCUGUGUGUGCUUCUGGCUGUGUGUGCUUGUGGCUGUGGCUGUGGUUGGCUUUUAGAUUUAGAGAGCAAAAGGCUGGGGAAAAAAGCCGGCCUUUGGAAAAAGGAGAUGGCCUCCGGAAAAAAGUUGGCUCUUAGAAAAAAAUCGGUCUGCGAAGAGAAAACUGGGCUUGGAAGAUAGAAAAGGCUACGGGCUUUGAAAAAGUGCUGGGCUUUUGUAAGAAGUUUUGGCUUUGGAAAAUAGGGCUUAGGGGUUUAGGGGUAAUUAUUUGAAAAAACUCGCUCUGGGCAGGCGGUUUCAGGAGACCUGUUGGUUCUGGGCAGGUUUUUUCAUGCAGCUUGUUCUGGGGAGGUUGUUCCAGAAAGCUUGCCUCGGGGAGGCUUUUCCAGAAAAUGCGAUCUGCGCAGGCUGAAGCAGAACAGUUGACCCGGGAAGGCUGUCCCAGCAGACCUGUUUUGGAAAGACUGCCCCCCGCCCCCAGGGGGGCCUGUUCUGGAAAGACUGCCCCAGAUAUUGCGUUCUGACUGGGCAGGUUGCUUCAGCAAACCUGGCCUGGAAUGGCUGACCCGGCCAAGAGUUCGGGAAAGGCUGUCCCAGGGGUCUUGCUCUGGCUGGGGAAGCUGUUCCAAAACUUGUGUCCUGGGCGGGUUGUAGUUUCAGAAAACCUGUCUUGGGAAAGCUCUGCCGGGGAACCUGCUAGCCCUGGAAAGGCUGUCGCUGUUCCAGAAAACUCACUUGGGAAAGGUUGGGCCAGAACUUGCACUCUGGGUAGGUUGUUUCGGAAAGCUUGCUCUGGAGAGGGUAUUCCAGGAAGCAUGUGGCUGCUCUGAGAAGGCUGAGCCCGAGAGCCUCUUCCGGAAAGGUUGGCCCAGGCCUUGCGUUCUGGGCAGGCUUUUUCAUAAGAUAAAACCUGAUCUGGAAAGGCUCUUCCAGAAAACUUGUUCUGGAAAGGCUCUCCCAGAGCUUGCGUUCUGGGCAGUUGGAAACUCCUUAAAGCCUCGCUCUAUAUUAUAAAAUAAUAGAAGCGAAGCCGCGUAGAAGGCCCGCGUGGCAAAACACUUAUAGGACUCGUUCCUGACCUGAUGGCUGGCUUUCGUUCUUAAGAAAGGCAAAGAACAUCAUUCGUGGCGAGGAGGCAUCAUCUACUGAGAAACGAAACCGCGUAGAAGGCCCGCGUGGCAAAACGCUCAGGACUCGGUCCUGACCUGAUGGCUGGCUUUCGUUCCUAAGAAAGGCAAAAAAUAUCAUUCGUGGCGGGGAGGCAUCAUCUACUGAGAAGAUUUGCCAUUUCUCUCUGCAACUUUUUCUAGGGAAGUGCCUGGUCUUCUUGUAUUAAAGAACUAGCCCCCACAAGCUUCGCCUGGCUUCAAGUUUAGCACUUUUCUGCCUCCCACAGGCUACAGCCGCUAGAGUGGAGACGGCCUGCGGGUGGGCUGUUGCGCUCUACAGACUGGCUAUGACACGAGCCGAGUGCUCACGCAGGUGCGUCGACUCAUGGGCAGGGCAUUGCGCUGCCUUCGGUUUUUUUAUGGGAUUGCCGGGGGGGUCAUGCAAGAUCUUCACGGCAGUCCAACAAAAAGACCAGAAGAGAGCCACCAGACACGCACAGGAAUCCGCAAGCCCCAACGCGCGCAAACGCCUCGCAGCGGCGCCAGGCAAGGACGAGGGGCGACCUUGACGGGUCAAACAAGAAAAGGCAGUGCAUGGCUGCGCUGCUUGGGUCUCUCAACGCGCUUACGCCUGGCGGGGCUCUUUCUUUGCUUCGUGGUCGGGUGUCUUUCGUCAGAAACAGACGGGCGCACUUCGCGGGGGCGUGAGGCUUCGGGCUGAGGCUGAAGCCUCUCGUCUGGCUGAUGUCUUUCGCCAGGCUGGAGACUGAGGCCUUUCAUCAGGCUGAUGCCUUUCGUCAGGCUAACGCUCUGCGCCGGGCUGGCGGCUACUUUCGUCGAGCAGGGCGGCGCCCCUCGGCAGGCCUCCUGGGUCAGGCUGAGGCUUUUCGUCAGGGUGAAGUAUCUCGUCAAGCUGACCUGGCGCCUUUCGUCAGACUGAAGCGCUUCGCCUGGCUGGCAUUCUUCGCCGGGCCAAGACUCACGCAGCUGGCCAGGCUGAUGGCUUUCGUCAGCUUGGCGCCGUUCGUCAAGUUGAUGCACUGACCAGCCAGGUGCGUGACGCCUCUCGCCAGGCUGGCGCACUGCUUCGUGAGGCGUCUGCCUUGCGUCGGAACAGGCUGAGCGGGGCUCCUCUUCGGGCUGCGGAUGUCUUUCAUCGUGGGACUGAUUCUCUUCGUCGGGCUGACGUCGGUCUUUCGCCAGGCUGACCUCGUUCGUCGGACUGGUGUCCUUCAUCAACGUUCUUCGCUAUCGCCGAGGGCCUCUCGCGACAGGUCUGGCGUCCGUCAGUUUUUCUGGUGCGCCGAGGUCUUUCGUCGGAUGUCUGUCGUCGCGGGUCCCUGGUCCAAAGGUCCCUGGUCCAGAGGUCCCUGGUCCAAAGGUCCCUGGUCCGAAGGUCCCUGGUCCGAAGGUCCCACCCUGGUCUGAAGGUCCCUGGUCCGAAGGUCCCUGGUCCGAAGGUCCCUGGUCCGAAGGUCCCUGGUCCGAAGGUCCCUGGUCUGAAGGUCUUUGGUCCAAACGUCCUCGGGCCAAAGGUUGCGCCCCUACCCACCUGGGGCAUUUUUCUGGCCUCUUUUCUGGUAGUCUGCCACGGGGCCGCAACGUAAUUUCCAACAUGAAAACGGUCGGACACUAUCGGGGGAAAGGGCUGGAGGCUAUGGGCAAUAGCCUCGCGGAAGAAGCUGACAGAUCUCCGGCGGGGUAGGCGGGGAGUUUUGUGGAGGUGAUCAGUGGGCUGAUUAAUCUAGGUCAAUGGUUUAGGUUAAUGAUCUAGGUUAUUUAAUAACAUUUAUGCUAUUUAGGUUAGUGCUGGCCAUGGUCGUAACCCUUGGAACUGCACAAAGAUCCACAAAGAUCAGACGGAUGAAAACCAUCAAAAUGGCCAAGAUCGCCAGGCGAACAAGGUACCCACCGGCACCACUUUCAACGCGUUGGCUUGAGUUGGCGCGGGUGUCGGCGGUUUCUCCUUUCUCUCUCUCGUUUGUUGUUUCAACUUCAAGUCUCUCAACGCAGUUAAGGGCAAAGCACCACCGGAAAGAUCUCAAGGAAGCCCACAGACCUAAGCGCAUACGGUUCCAAAGUCGACCAAACGAUCUACAGACAGAGGGCCUUCAGCGUUCUCAGAUGACAGAAGUGGCGAGCUUUCGUUAACUGUAAUCAGGCCCGUGCCAACUUGUCAGCGCUGAUCAGUUCAAAGCGCAUAAAGAACUGUCGUCGGUGAUUCUCGUGCUAGGUCUCGGAUGUUGUAAUCUGAUGCGUGUCCGUCUAUUUCAGGUCAGUUAGAUCCAGUCGAGUAUCAACGUAGGAUGAUCAUGCGAGGGCAAUGAUGAUAAGCAGAAGACUUCCAUACGAAGCCCAUGAAAUCUCCCCCGUCGUGAUAUCCCAACGCACCCCCAGUGAAUAUGUACCCAACGCAACCCCAGUGAAUAUGUACCCAACAGGGAUCAAACCAGCUGGAGGCCAUUAGUCUCAGGCUGUGAGUUCAAUUUGCAUCAGGCUCAGCCUUUCUCACCGAGAAACUACGCGUGGCUUAACAGUCUGCGUGCUUGUGGUCCCACAGUUAGUAAUAUUAUAUAACUAGGACAGUGGUACUGUAUUGGUUUAAUAAUAUAGUUUAGGAAUUGUUGGACCAUUCGAACACAGACUGCUAAGUCACGUGUGGCGUCUCGGUGAGAAACUCGGAACUUGGUGCGAAUUGAACUCACAGCCUGAGACUAAUGGCCUCUGGCUGGUUUGAUCCCUCUGAAUGUUCUUUGGGGUUGCAAGGAGGACGCCUCAGCUUCUUCGCUGGGAUAUCAUGACGGGGAAGGCUUCAUGUGUUUCAUAUGGAGGCGCCUAUGCUAUCGUCAUUGAUUUCGUACGAUCAUCCUGAUGCCUUUUGAACUGAUCAGAACUGACAAGACGACACGGACCUGGUUACAGCUAUGGACAUUCGUUAUUUCUGCUGUCUGAAUACGUUGAAGGUCCGUUGUCUGUUGAUCAUUGACCCUGGGGCCAUAUGCUUGGAGGUCUGUCGGUUUCCUUUGGGAUCUUUGUGGAUCUUUGUGAAGUUUCAAGGAUUACGAUCAUGACCAGCAGGAAGAUAGGGCAACAGUAUGUGUUGGACCAUUUGAACACAGGCUGUGAAGUCGCGUGUAGUUUCUCACUGUGAAACGCUUGAGCUUGAUACAGAUUGCACUUACAGCCUGAGACUAAUGAUCUCCGGCUGCUUUGAUCCCUGUGGAUAUUUAUCGGGGUUGCAAGGAGGAAGCCCCAGCUUCUUCAUUGGGGUAUCAUGAUGGGGAAAGUUUCAUAUGUGUUGCACCGAUGCAACCGAUAACAAACUUGAUAAAGGUAGAACGCUAGCUACUUCCAGGCGGGGCGUGCUUCAAGGUCCAGGAUGUAGCUUCAAUGUGCGAAAAGACAUUAGAUCUUGUCGGGGAAGAGUGUAAAGGUUUUUCAUAUGAGUGCGUUGACUACGUUACUAGGCUAAUGCUACUUAGUGUAACUCUCCACGUUCUUCGUGUUUAUUCUACAACCCUCAACAGAGUGGAAAACACUCAAACAGAAGCGCUCUCCUUUGUUCAUGCUUUUCGUUCGCUUCCCUCACUUCUCAACAGAUUCGGAACACGCUCAAACAGAUGCCAACAAUAUGACUCACAUGGGAACGCUUAGGCUAUCAUCGUUGAUCCAUACGAUCAUCCAUAUCUUCUCUGAACUGAUCAGAACUGACAAUCAAAACGUUAUGGACCUGAUUACAGCUAUGCACAUUCUUCAUUUCUGCUAUCUGAAUACGUUGAAGGCCCUGCGUCUGUUGGUCGUUGAUUCUGGAACCAUAUGCGUUUAGGUUUGUAGGUUAUCUUUGAGACCUUUCUGGUUGUGCUUUGUCCUUGACUGUGUUGAGAGACUUGAAACGACAAACGAGAGAGAGAAGGGAGAAACCGCCGACACCCGCGCCAACUAAGGCCAACGCGUUGAGAAUGGUGCCGGUGGGUACCUUGUUCGCCUGGCGAUCUUGGUCAUUUUGAUGAUCUUCAUCCUUUUGAUCUUUGUGGAUCUUUGUGAAGUUUCAAGGAUUUACGACCAUGGCCAACAGUAUGGGUUAACAAUAUAGGACAUUAAGUAACAUUCUAGGUUAGGUUAAUGGUAUAGGUUGAUAAUAUAGGUUAAUAGUAUAGGUCUAACUUUAAGAUAGGUUUAGGCUAAUAGUAUAGGUUAAUAGUAUAGAUUUUUUUUUGUUAUGUUUCUUAUCUAUCAACUUAUAAUAAUUGACUUGUUCGCAGUUCUCCUGGUCUUGAUAUUAUUAUUCGGUAAAAACUACAGGAAAUUUAAUUGGAAAAUGGGAAUGGCGUGGGUGUUGCACUUGGUUAUCACGGAGUUUCUAUACCAAGUUGCCUACCCUUGGUCGCUUGUUGCCAGUCAUGGCGACGCGAACCCCAACUCGAUACCGGAUGGCGUGAAGCAGAGUUUUACUUCCUACACGGGGUGUCUCCGAAGCCUUAGAAGGCACUUUCUAAAGGUGCUCUCUUCUUUCUGGCAACCCUACGCUUCCCAUAUUGAUUAUGGUGCUGUCACAGGAAGAGACGCAUCCUGCAUAACAUCCUCCUAGGUCUUUGCUUCAUCAAGUAGUUUCAGAUCCCUCCAUUGGAUUUUUGUUUUAAUAUCUGCAAGAAGAGUGAUGUGCGUGUUGUAGUCCUGUGCGCAACUAGGUGAUGAUGGUGCGACAGUAGGGGAUAGUUAGUUGUAGAAGAGCAAAAGCAAAAAAGCGGAUGUAGCUCUAAAGAAAAUCGGAUAAAGAGGAGCCAUUCGGCGGUAUUUACUUGCUUCUGCGAACUUCCGUAUAUGAUAUGCACUCACCGCAAAGCUCAGUUCUUUUUUAUGCGAAUAAUCCGGACAUUGUCAAAGAGCAAAAAAAACAGCAGACAGCAGAACAAGUAUGGAUGAUGUUACUUCCAUCUGUCAGACCAUCUAGAAAGCUGCCCCUGUUCCCCUUAAAACAGUAUAAGUAUUGUGCAUAGCUUAAGAUCAAGGGGCAGCCUCAAUGGUCUGCGCUUGUUGGCGGGGAGAAAAGAUGUCAUUCAUAACAAGGAAACCUGGACCCACAACUACUCUUACGGCUGAGGGGAGGUGGCUAGGUCAUCUGCAUAUAUGAAUAUAAAAAUAGCCUCACUUUUUAUUACAUCAUGAUCUGUGCUUUUUCUCCUAGAUGUUGAUCAUAGGUGGUCUAGCAGCCGCGUACAUUAUUUAUAUUCUUUGUAUUUAAUUGUUUGAUGAUGUAGCAGCUAUAGGCAUAUCCUACUUGACGAAUCGACUCGAGUCAUCACUAGUACUUGUAGACUUCGCGUAAAACGACCUCGAGGUGGAGGAUUAGAACAUAUACUUCGGAACCUGAUUGAAAAUCAAAGUUUCGCUCUAAUAGCGCCCGACUCCCAGACUGGACGCGAAUUCCGUUCACUAAUUGCCGUACACUUCAAGGAGUUGCGAACGGAGUUCAAAAAAAUUACUGAA